UAUUCAGUCAGUUACAUUGUCUAUUAACCAGAUAAAGCUGUGACUGAACCAUGGAGUCCAGAUCGCUGUGUGAGGAACCAGACUCCAAGAGCUCUCUACCCUGUCCCUCUCCACCAGACUCUGAUUUGGGGGAGGACACAGAGACAGAAGGGUGUGGGAGAGACAGGGACAGGGAGGACAUGUUCCCAGGGGGACAAGAACAUAGAGACCAGGACAGGUCAUAUUCGGAGUCCAGCUCACCUGUGGAUGUCAUCGUUACGACAGACAGCAAAGACAUACCCGAUGACCUGACCAGUACAAACAGCAAAGAUGGCUCCCAUGUCGUCAAAUGGACUGUCAGCAUUGUUAUAGCCAUUCCUAAAGGUGAAGAACCCUGUCCUGUAGGUGAGGCUAUGGUCUUAGUGGAGAAGGCCAAGAAGAAGCCCAAACGUGUUCUGUCCGGUGGAGUGGUGGAGGCCCCUAAGGCCCAGACAUACUACCGUAUAGAGUACAACAUGCUGCCUGGUGACCAGGACCCUGUUAAAGUAGAUCUGGUGAUGUUCGGUCUUGCUGCUAAGAUCUACAUGGAGAAUGAGACCAAGGUGUUGAAGCCGUGGCUUGAAGGGGACCAGGUGUGGUUAGGCUGGUCUCAGUCUGUAAAGGUUAGAGUCACCAGAGAGCUGCUCAUUAAACUGGUGUCUCAUAAAAUCACCUUCAAAAUCUGGGACACCAAGGACAGGGUCUCUGCUAAAGCCAGAUAUGACCGACCCAAAACCUUCCGACUGCCACAGGCCAAACCAGGGGAAGACAAUGAUCUAGGUGGGAUAAAGAGCAUGGUGUACAAGUUGAGAACAAUGUUUGAGAAGAAGAAUCCCAGGACCAGAUCAUCCAAUAAGAGAGGAGAUGCCUUGUCCACGGACUUCAAGAGGUUCUCUGAGCUCAACUGUGUUACAGUUGAGCCCAAGGCAUCCACCACAGAGGUCUCCUCCUCAGCUGCCCUCAACACAGGAUCGCUGGUCUCAGACACAGAACAAUGUGGAGCCAGAUCAGGGGAACAGGACCUGCAGUCAGUUGACUCAAAGAGUGCCAAACCUGAUGGCCCAGUGGAACAGGAGAAGGAGAAGGAUUCCGCUUCAUCAAAACCAGCCCAGAAGAAAUCAGCCCUGGACCAGUCUUCCAAAGCCGUAAAAGAAACCAGCAAGACAACCAUUCCUCCUAUGAAGGCUGGUUCAGUGAAGGACAAGUUGGUGGUGCCUAGGAAGAAGGCUCUCGUCAAGUCGACCCAGGAGACUGCUUCUCACAUUGAGCACAUCAGGAGGAACGGAGUGGCAUCACUAGAACUCAGCUACAUAUACCUCCUGGCAGGAGACCGGUGUCUGACUGACUGCCUGGAGACGUAUUCCUCUGGGGUGUACGAGGGUCUGUGUAACAUCACACUUGACCGACCUCUGAUCUCUGAGAAGCUGAAGGCUGAACUCAACCCUCUAGUCAUCACCAUCCUGUCAGCCUCCUCCCUGCCAUCAUCCCCUGUCCCCUUCCAUGUCUUAGAGGAGAAGUGUGUGCCAGUGUACUGCCAGUACCAGUUCCAUAACACGUCUAAGCACCGGACCAAAGGCCAGGAACACAGGACUAACGUUUACUUCAAUGACGUCAAUGUCAUCAUGACAGGCUUGCUAAGUCCCGGGGAGCUGUUGGAGGUCCUGCGAGGUCCUCCGCUGGAGAUUGAGGUCCACGACAGAGACAGGAAGUUAGAGAAGGUGUCGACCAGCCCCGCCCUGUUUGGGACAUAUCCCAAUGAUGACAAGCUAAGCAGUGUCGUCCCUGUCUCUGGGAAACGGACCAAUCACCACCCCUUCAGAGAGAACAGCAAACACUAUGACCCCUGUGGCCUCGCCAAGCUUAACCUCAACGACCUGCUACAAGGACAGAGGAGUCUGAAGGUGAACCUGCCGAUCCGCUGUUCUCCACCGCCCCAGCUGUUGAGUAGUGAGAGGAGUGACUGGGAGAGAAAAAUGGCCUCCAUGCCAGGGACAGAAGGGGUGGAUGGGCAAGAGCAACAGCCUGGACACUACUUUGAUGCAAAUUCACAGCUCAAGGUGCAUGUGGAGAUUGCCUGUCCUCUGACGGGAGGAGGUGGGGCCAGUGACCGGGCAUGGGAGUGCCCGUUCGGACGCAUCAUAUACCUGUUCAAGUACGCUAAUGUCCCGGUGAUGUCACGGCUUAGGGCGGAGCUACUAAGGAUCAAUGCUGUGGCGUUCCAUCUGGAGGACCAAUCAGAGGAGACUGUGGAGCGGGCAUUGUCGUGUUACAAGAUGGCGGCGCCGGAGAGGGAGAGCCGUGACUUGGACGUGGUGACGGGGUUCCACCUGCUAGAUAAACAAAUCCACCUUUUUGUUCUGGAAGGACUGAAACAUAAAGGUGUCAGGAGACUCUGGGAGACAGUCUCCAUACAGUUAACAGGCGGUGAGGAGGACCAGGUGAUGGUUCUCUAUAACUCUGGUCUGAGUUUCUCUAAGCGUCUAUAUACCCGUCUGGAUGUCAGCUUUACUCCCAUCCACCUACACCAACCCCUGGAGACCAUCAUGAGACAACCUCUGGUCUACGUCAGAGACAUGGUGCCUCAUACCUGCUUCCAGGCCAUGUCACGGUUGAGCCUGCUGGUCCAGCUGAGGAAGAUGAAGGACGUUGUCCAGAACAAUCUGUUCCCGUCGGCUGAGAUGGUCCUCUCCAUGACCAAGGAGUUUGGAGCGGUGCACCCUGGGAGGUGGCAGCAGAGGCUGCUGGGUAGUGGUGCAGCAGAGGUUGAUGUGUUGUUACACCAUGGCUCAGAGAACACACAAUGCCACGUGGAUACACACAAUGCUCCCUAUUUACAGUGGAAACAUUAUCUCUCCAACCAGCAGAUGAACAAACUCACCAAAGAUUUUAUACAGGCCAACAUUGCGGAGGUGCAGCAGGCCAGUCUUCAGCUGCAGAGGGCCAGACCUGCAGUAGUGCUAGCUCCACUGGAUGACGAAAAACACAGCAUUCAGACCACAACGCAGUCUUUAGGGCAGAGGUGGCCCUACAACCAGCAGUACCACAGCGCUACAGUCGACCCCCAGGAGGUAGAGGCUGAGCGGAAGGCUAGGGAGGCCCAGAGGAGGGCAGCCUGGAGGACCCACGAUGGCUUCCUCUACCCAGGCUUCAGGAGUUCCAUCGAGGCCAACGAACACCCCAAACACCCCGAUGAGGCCCGCAGGGACGAGCUCAAGAAGCCUUGGAGAGAGAAUGUGCUCCAUGGCAACACCCAGAGACCCACACUGCCUCAGAGAGACAUCCGACCCUGGCUACACCGCUACAAUGACAUGGAGCUCUACAUCACACCCCCACCAGUCUUGAGUCCUGUCCCCCCUGUUACUAUACACCUGGCAGGAGAGCGUCUGCAGAGGGAGCAGCUGCAGGGAGCCCAGUCUCAGUACUACCGCUGGCUGAGGAAGGUGCUGCCUGACGCAGGACACACUCCCGAGCCAAACUGCAGCCACGUGCGAGUCCCACAGUUCAGCUGCCACAUGGGCGGGGCCGACCCAGGGAAGCUGCAUGAUAUACUGAAGGAUCGACCAAUGAAAUACUCUCUCAGGAAACCUGGCCUCACCCUCAAGCCCAUGCCGGUACUGUCAGUACUGCAACAACCCCAGCAGGUCUCCAGGUCAGGACGUAUGGCGGUGGUGAGAGAGGAGAGCUCGUCCUUCGCCCCGGGACCGUUCCCGGACCACAGUCUGAGCUGGGAUAAGAACACCAUCCCCCGACAACCCUCACACUACAACAAGUACCACUUUACGGAGUUCCUGAGGCAGAGGUCGUUCCAGUACAAGAGGUCAGCUCCUCCCCUAACAGACAAAGAGAGGCGUAUCCACGUUUUCCAGAAACACCCAGCCCCCUAUGACACCAGACAAACUGCUAGAACCAGCCAAUCACAGCCAGCCCAGAGCAUCGUAGAGACUCGGACCUAUAGGGAUGUCACCCUGCACAUCAACUGAGGAUAACCCCUUUUGUGAGUCCCAAAUGGCACCCUAUACAGUGCACUACUUUGACCACACGUUGGUACUGUAUAGGGAAUCGGGUGCCAUUUGAGAUGUAACCUCGGACUGAAACCACACCACUGCACUAUGGAUGACAAAUGUGAAAAAUCAACACUUUAAUAUAAUAAAUGGCGAGUAUGUUCCAACCACCACUGUUCAUUUCAUUACAACCUCUUCAGUAGUGUCAGUAGAAUCAUCAGUACUAAAAGAAGAGCAGCAUCCCAAAUGGCACCCUAUAUGCUAUGUAGUGCACUACUUUUGAUCUGGGAAACAGGGUGCAAUGGGACCCAGGUAAGGUCAUUAUAGUCACUUGUGUGUUAUUAUAAAUGGUAUAUACAGUAUUAAAUGAACAUCCCUGGUGAUUUUCUUGAGAGAAUCUGGAACCAAUAGAGCUUCAUUACAUACAAACAUCCACUACAUUCAUUCAUCUAAUAAAACAAGAGUUUUUUCUGGAUCAAAAAGGGUCUUAGGCGGCACGCCCAGAAAACCCCUGCUCUCUGAAUAUGUUGAGUAACUGGCACAAAGCAUAUGAAAUGUCAGUAAUUAAAAUAGCUUGUAUAAUGUGGCAAUAUGGCAUGCGUUGAUGUGGCUGACUGGUGGGAUUUCUGCAACACAUGCAACUCUGCUGUAUUGAUGAGCUGUAAAACUCUACUGGCUGUAAACAAUUAGCCUCCCAUGUUUUCUGUUCUACCCACUCUUCUGCAGCUGAGUCAUCCAGUAGUUGUUCUUGAAGAAUGCGUUGGUACAGAACGUGUUAGGCAGCAGCACCUAGAA